AUGGCGCACUCCAGUCUGCUUGGUUUGGUCGUAUUUUUGACAUGGAGCGGAGCAGGCCACACAGCCUCCUACCCGAACCUGGAAUGUUGUUGUUCGACAAAGAUGGACACGUACGAAGGGAACUUUACGGACGAUACUACGAUACUCAUUUGCUUCAAAGCUUCUUUCCACUCCAUUCAAAAACCUUUGCCACCCAGUCUGAAACGAUACGAAAUAUGGAAUCAGAACAUCCCAAAUAUGACACAGGGGGACUUUCCUAGUCUCGAAUCUUUGGAGUCACUAUCCGUACGCGAGAGCCAGGUUGUGACCAUCCAACCAGGAUCGUUUCAAACCUUACCGAAUCUGUCACAACUCUCCAUAACCGGGAACAAGAUCGCCCGCUUGGAGGCCGAGACUUUCAGGGGACUGACCAAGCUGGAAUUCCUCAACAUGAACUACAACCGGCUACACUAUAUAGAUGACGCGGCAUUUGCUGGGCUCACUGGACUACGAAAGCUUUCUCUGAGUCGCAACUGCCUUUCCAGUAUUCCGCGGGGGACAGACCAGUCCCCCUGGCCCCUUGUGCUCGACAUGACGUGGAAUCCUUUAACGUCACUCAUCGCAGCUGAUGAGCUGAAGCACGUCUCACGGCUGGUUUUGGCUAAAAACGGUCUCCCGUGCGACUGUAAGCUGCGCGAUAUGAAGAGAUGGAUGACUAGAAACAAGCAGUGGAGCAUCACAUGUGACCCUGGCCCGUACAAGAGACUCGGAUGGUUGUCUCUGGACGAUCUGAAGUGUGACUACAAGGUGUCUGUGUCCUCAGACUACGGGACGGUUACAGGUAACGUUUCGCUCACCUGUCAGACAGACUGUCAUGAAGGUCUAGAUCUGACGUUCUCUUGGAUCGCUCCAAAUGGAGACCGUCUGUCUUCAACCCGCGAGUACUCCAGAAUCUACACCGACGCGAGAGAAUCGGACUGUAAGGAAACACCCGUCACCAGACGUGAAACAAAGAAAACGUGCUACUCCGUGCUGCACAUCCCCACACUCCGUCGCGGGAUGGAAGACGAGACAAGCACAAGAACCUACGCGAACAUGUACGCCUCUCAGUCCCAAACGACAGCGAGGGAUGCCACAACACCCGUGGUAGGCAAGGGUACAACUCGCCCUGAUCGUGGACUUUCUCCGAUGCAACUAGUCCUGGUUGGACUGGCGCCUUUCGCUGGAUGCUCCGUUAUCGUGAUGGUGAUCGUUGUUUGUGUGAGCAAGUGUAAAGGAGACCGUCAGCGGGACAACGCCAAUGGACACAGGAGAAGAUACUACGGCAACGAUGACCAGAUCUCAGGCACGGACGCAGAAGCCAGAGGAGUCAGCUACGAAAAUGACGACCAGUUUUCGGACACAGAUGGCGAAAACGGUGUUCAUUAUGAAAACGACGACCAGUUUUCGGACACAGACGGUGGAAAGAGAAACGAAUACGAAAACGACAACCAGUUUUCGGACACGGACUGCACACACGGAGGUCAGUAUGAAAACGACGACCAGUUUUCUGAUGAUGACGAUGUUGCGAGCAAGCAUCCGCGCCGGACAGUCCCUCUCAAGUUGCACGGUAGGAAACCAGGAAAGACACCUUCGAUUGCAAACGCCAAAAGGACCCGACCUUCUCGCCACCAGAAGAAGAGCCUGGGUAAGAGAAAAACGACAAGAAGCAGACGUAAAGUCAAGAGUAACGUGUUACGUGUCAUUGCAGACGUCCACGCUCAAGCACAAGCAAGCGGACAAUACGACAACGACAAAAAAGCAACAGGACUCUGCCACACUGCGACUUCGAGCAGACCCAAAGUCAAGAGUAACGUGUUACGUGUCAUUGCAGACGUUCACGCUCAAGCACAAGGAAGCGGACAAUAUGACAACGACAAAAAAGCCACAGGACUCUGUCACACUGCGCCUGCAACAUCGAGCAGGCCAAAAGCCAAGAGUAACGUGUUACGAGUCCUCGCCGAAGUCCACGCUCAAGCCCAAGCAAGUGGACACUACGACAACGAUACGAACGCCACUGGAAUCAACAACAGUAAGGCCACGACAUCUUCGGACAAUGUGGCGUCAGACGACGGUCAAUAUGACAACGAGAGACCAGUCACAGAUUCAGUCACAACGCCGGCGUCAGAAGCCACCAAACGAAGUAAUGACGGGAGCGACUCAGACCAGGACUACAUGACGCUCCCUAGUCAUUCUCCGGGAGAAGACACUGGGAAUGGAGAAAAUGCACAAUCUGAGGGAAAAGCGGACGACAGGAACAUGACAUCCACCUCAGCAUGUGCUGAUGAUGUGUCGUCAGACAACGACUAUAUAACGUUCCCUGGGGAGGAAGAUGCCGACGGGAAAACAAGAAAAAAGAAAGGACGCGAUUUAUCCAACGCAGAGGACAGCUCUGAACACACCUAUGUAACAUUUCCAGGGGAGGAAAAUGAUGAAAAACGGCAAAGAGAAAAUGAUGAAGAACACAAGCGAGUAGCUGAACGCCAAAUUGACCAAGCGUCAGACUCAGACGACAUUUCUGAUCACGUUUACGUGACAUUUCCUGAGACAGAAAAUGUGAAGGAAGAGAAGACUGAAACAAGGGCUCAAGAAGGACACUUGCCUGACUCAGAAACGGACUCGUCCAACGCAGAAAACAGCUCUGACCACACCUAUGUAACUUUUCCUGGGGAGGAAAAUGACGAAGAACGGCAAAGCGAGGCGGAAAAGAAAAGUGAACACACGCGAGACACUGAUUCGUCCAACUCGGGGGACGACUCUGACCACACCUAUGUGACGUUUCCUAGCGAGGAAAAUGAUGAUUAUGAACGAGAAACAGAAUGUCAAAAUGGCCAAGCGUCAGGCUUGGACUCAGGCGACAUUUCAGAUCACAUUUACGUGACAUUUCCUGAGACAGAAAAUGUGAAGACUAAAACAAGAGCUCAAGAAGGACAUGUGUCAGACUUAGACACCCCUUCAUCUAACGUAGAGGACAGCUCUGAACACACCUAUGUGAUGUUUCCUUUGGAGGAAAAUAAUGAAAAAUAUGAAAGAGAGGCAGAUAAGAAGGAAGAACGCGUGCCUGAUGACUUAGACACUGAUUCGUCCAACACAGAGGACAACUCUGACCACACCUAUGUGACGUUUCCUGACGAGGAAAGCAGACAUAGAAGCAGGGAAGACUUAGGCACGGCUUUGCCUUACGAAGAGAACAGCCUUGAACACACUUAUGUGAUGUUUCCUGGCGAUGAAAAUGCCGCCGAGAAAACAAGAAAAAAGGACGGACGUGUUUUAGACUUGGACACAGCUUUAUCCAACAUAGAGGACAGCUCUGACCACACCUAUGUGAUGUUUCCUAGCGAGGAAAGUGGUGAAAACAAGCGAAAGACAGAACACCAAAACGGUCUAGCGUCAGACUUAGACUUAGACUCUGUUGUGACCAACUCAGACGACGUUCUUGAUCAUUUUUACGUGACAUUUCCUGAGACAGAAAAUCCAAAGGAAGACGAAAAUGAAACAAAACUUGAAGAAGGACACUUGUCUGACUCAGAAACUGAUUCGUCCAACACAGAGGAGGACAGCUCUGACCACUUCUAUGUGACGUUUCCUGGACAUGGGGAGGAAAAUGAUGAAAAACAGCAAAGACCGUCUGGAAAAAUGGGCGAACCCGUGUCGGACUUAAACACUGCUUCGUCCAACACAGAGGACAACUCGGGCCACGCCUAUGUGACGUCAUCUGGGGAGGAAAAUGACGAAGAAACAGCAAAGAGAGACAGCAUUUUGGGCUGGGAAGACGGUAGGACAUGUGUCAGACUUACACAGCUUUAUUUAACGCAGAGGUAGUGCACAAACCGUGCCAAAUAUGCUCAGGUGACUUAUCUGACCAGGACUUACAACAUAAUGUCCGUGGAAUAAUCUCAAAGCAUGUAAAGGUGAGGGGUGUUACAAAUUUGCACAAAACAACCGGUUUAUUUACUCU